GGUCACGAGAAGAGUAUAAUCAUAAUGCUACUGAGAAUAUAUCCACUCUUUCUCCUACUACUAAUACACAACAAUGUGGUGAAGCCAGUAAUGUCCUUACUACUACUACUACUCCCACCGGUACUCUUCACGAAAGCGGUGGGUGGUGGUCUGAGGAUCGAGUCGUCAUUGAUGAGAACGAUAGGGAUAUGAGUGACUUACAACAUCAACAA